AUUUCCAUCAUGUGGCAUUUUCCGGUGUUCCUCUUGCUUUCAAUUAUCAGUUUAGUUUUUGGCCAGCAACAGUGUACCAGGCACUAUGAUUUACAGUCUAAUCGAGUGAUUAAUAUAAGUAGUGCCAAUUAUCCUUUGGCUUUACCAAGUGGCAGUAAUUGUAGGUUUCGUUUGAAGGCGCCCAGGAAUCAUGUCAUCCAUUUGAAUUGUCGUUUUGAAGUGUUCCCCGAUACCUGUGGCUCUGAGUUCCUGUUCAUCUCCCGCGAUGGUGACCUCCAGUUCCGCGAUGGCGAACGCUACUGUCGCAUGGGUCAGAUCACCAGGAUCUCCAACUUUCAAGCCAUGGCCUUUGCCUAUUAUUCAAGCAGCCCUGCCACCCAGCAAAGAUCCAGGCUCAGCUGCCAGGCAGUGGCUCGUCCUGCGCCCUGUGACUGCGGUUGGUCCUUGCCGAAUCGCAUUGCCAAUGGCAUGGAGGCGGCCAAGCAUGAGUUCCCCUCCAUGGUUGGUCUAAGGGAUCUCACCUCAAAUUUACCCAUUUUCUGUGGGGGCAGCAUAGUAAGUCAGCGUUUUAUAGUGACCGCUGCCCAUUGUACAGCCCGCCAGCCGGUAGCCAGUCGCCUGUUGGCGCUUGUAGGAGAGCAUGAUCUAAGCAGGGCUACCGAAUCUAUAUAUGCCGCCCAGCAUCGCAUUCAGAGUAUUUUCAACCAUCCCGGCUAUAGGGAAACCACCAACGGAGCUAAUAUCAAUGACAUAGCCCUGCUGUACACAGUGACUCCCAUAGAGUGGUCAAGGGGAGUGGCGCCUAUAUGUCUGCCAGUGCGACAAGCAGAAAGCAACUUUAACUAUCAGAAUGUGGACAUUAUGGGCUGGGGCACCUUGGGCUUUGCUGCCUCCAAGUCGAAUACUCUCCAAAAGGCUACCCUUUUGACCAUGGAUAAUGCCGUGUGUCGCAGCCAGUUCAACUCCAGCAUCUCACCCAGCCAGCUGUGCACUUAUGAUUCCCGAGGCAGGGGUCAGGACUCGUGUCAGUAUGAUUCUGGUGGUCCUGUGAUCUUGAGGCAGCGCGAACGUAUGUUCCAGCUGGCAGUGAUCAGCUUUGGACGGACCUGCGGUCAGCCCUUUGGAAUUGGGGUCAACACAAGGAUCACAUCGCAUCUUAACUGGAUGUGGCGCUAUGUGGGCGGAGGGGUGUGUAUGAGAUAGGGCAGAGCUUUGAUUGAUGUCUAUAUAAGCACACACUGAGGGGAAAAUUAUCAACCAAAGGAAACUUGUUAUUAAACAAAAUAGUAAUAGAAAAAUAAUGGCGAAAGAAAUCCUACUUUGCUUCAUAAAUUAUGGUUGUACUCAAUUUA